AUGGAAUGCCGCAUUACGCGAUCCGCAGCACGGGCUGCCGCUGCAUUGAUUGCGAAAGAAGAAAACAGCCCUUCGGUCACUCAAGCACCAAACACUACCAAAGCGAACAAACGAAAGCGUCUCAACUCCACUGGCAAUUCCAAUGCCUCUGAUGCUAUGAAUACAACCAAGAUUAACACUAUCACUGAUUUGAAAUCCCCCAGUAAUUAUAAUACCACGAUUAAGCAAGAGAAGCCGGUGUUGCCCCCAGCCUUGUUCGAUGAACUCCCUCACAACCUAGGAGCUGCCCCGGCCCCAUUGUCUAUAGCAACAGAGCCCACAGUCGCAAUUGCUGGAUCUGACAAGGAAAAUCAAACUGUAAAGGGGAAUCAGGUCAUAAAUCUGGCUACUGAGCUUCAAGACACCGUGGACAAAGCUGCAAGGAAGCUGAAGAAAGAACCCAAGAUGCAAACUACCCCAACCGGCCGCAAGCCAAAGAAGAUUACUUAUGGCUUGACACCUGGUAUCUCUCCUUUCCCCGAACUGGUUCGACCAACCCCCGAGGAGUGUGAAAAUGUCAAUCGGCUGUUGUCCAGCAUUCAUGGAGUAGUCACUGCCCCAGCAACCAUCCCUGAACCCUCCCUGACAGUCACCGGGUGUGGUGAGGUCCCAUCUGUUCUGGAUGCUUUAAUCCGCACCCUUCUCAGCGGUGCGACCACAGGCAACAAUGCUGCCAAGGCCUUUAGUGGACUUGUGCAACGAUUCGGCGUUCUUUCAGAAGGCAUCGGGAAAGGAAGCGUGAAUUGGGAUGCCGUACGACAGGCCACUGUGAAAGAUGUGUUUGAAGCGAUCAAAAGCGGCGGCUUGGCCGACAUCAAAAGCAAGAACCUCAAGGUGAUUCUUGACAUAGUCCACGAGGACAACCAGGCACGCCGAGCUACAUUAUUAGAUUCUGAGUCCAAUAACGACUCAAUGUCCAAGCUGGCACCUGAAAAGGCUGAAAAGGACAAGCAAUACGAGAUUGCCUGCGCGGAUCAGAACUUCCUCUCCCUCAACCACCUCCACAAUCUCAGCACUGAAGAAGCCAUGACCGAUCUGAUCAAGUACCCGGGAAUUGGACCCAAAACAGCCGCCUGCGUGAUCUUGUUCUGCCUUCAGCGGCCCUGUUUCGCCGUCGACACCCACAUCUUCCGGCUCUGUCGCUGGCUCGGAUGGAUUCCUGCUCGUGCAAACGAAGUAACUGCCUUCAGCCACCUGGAAGUGCGCAUUCCCGACCACUUGAAGUACUCGCUCCAUCAGCUGUUCAUCCGGCAUGGGAAGACCUGCCCCCGGUGCCGAGCUGCUACCGGCGAGUCCAGUGCUGGCUGGGAGGACGGCUGUGUCAUUGAUCACCUGUUAACUCGCGACGGGAAGCGCAAGGGCAACGGUCCGACUGUGGUUUCAAAAAAGAAAGCUGCUGCUAAGAGCACGGCUAGUAAGCGCAAGAGGUCGAACAAGGACUCCGAGGAGGAGACUGACGAAAGCGAGAGUUCGAUUUCCGAUGAAACAAGUGACGAUUGA